GCAUGAUGUGGGCAGGUGGACAGUGGGCCCACAGGACUCGUCUGCGGCUGGGCGUGGGCGGAGAGGCCGAGGCGCAGGGCGCAGUGGCGCAGCAGAGCAGGGGGCAGAGGUCCCAACAGAGAACAGGCCCACACGGACGACACAGCCUCCGCCUGGGCCGGUAGGGGCUGCCCCGCCCCCAGCAGGCCCUCAGGGGCGGGACCGACGAGCCUUCCUGUUGACGCGGCGACGGGGCCCUGGAGCAGCAGCGCCGACCUGGUCCUGGGGUGGAGCGGAGGCCCCUGCAGCUGACCAUGGAGGAUGCCAGCGAGGACCCCACCAUAUUCACUGCCCACUCUCUGCCCAGCGACCCCCGGCUGUUGGCCACCGUGACCAACGCAUACCUGGGCACACGUGUGUAUCAUGAUGCGCUGCAUGUGAGUGGCGUGUACAAUGGGGUCGGGGAGGACACACACCGAGCAGUUCUGCCCAGCCCCCUCAACGUCCGGCUGGAGGCUCCUGCAGGGACGGGAGAGCAGCUGACGGAGACCUUUGCUCUGGACACCGGCACAGGUUCCUUUCUGCACACCCUGGAAGGCCCCAGCUUCCGGGCCUCCCAGUGCAUCUACGCCCACCGCACACUGCCCCGCGUGCUGGCCUUCAGCGUGUCCAUUGCCCGCCGGACCAUGGGGCGUGAGCCCGUCACGGUGCUGCUGCGGUCGGCCUUCUCCCCAGAAAGCCCGGACCUGGACCUGCAUCUGGGUCCUGACUUCCAGGGAGCCCGGUACCUCUACGGCCACACGCUCACCCCUGAGCAGCCCGGAGGGCCGCGGCAGGAGGUGCACAUGCUGUGGACACCGGCGCCCCCAGCUCUGACCCUGGGGGAAGGCGAGGAGGACGGGACCUGGGACUUCCUGACGGUGGUGGGCAGCAGCCAGGCCGAGGCCCGGGCCUGCCUCACUGAGGCCAUGCAGCUGCAGGCCGGGGGUGCUCUGUACAGCACCCACACACGGGCCUGGGCCCGGCUGUGGGCAGGCUGUGGCCUGGACGUGGCGGGGCCCCUGCCCCUGCGCCAGGCCCUGCGUGGCUCCCUCUACUACCUGCUCAGUGCCCUGCCUCAGCCCGAGGCCACGGGGUACAUCUGCCAUGGCCUCAGCCCUGGUGGCCUCUCCAACGGGAGUCGUGGGGAAUGCUACUGGGGCCACGUCUUCUGGGACCAGGAGCUCUGGAUGUUCCCGCUGGUCCUGAUGCUGCACCCAGAGGCAGCCAGGGCCAUCCUGGAGUACCGAGUCCGGACGCUGGGCGGGGCCCUGCAGAACGCCCGCAACCUGGGCUACCAGGGAGCCAAGUUUGCCUGGGAGAGCGCAGGCUCCGGCCUGGAGGUCUGCCCCGAGGACAUUUACGGGACCCAGGAGAUCCACGUCAACGGGGCGGUGGUGCUGGCCUUCGAGCUGUACUACCACGCCACCCAGGACCUGCAGCUCUUCCGAGAGGCUGGCGGCUGGGACGUGGUCAGUGCUGUGGCGGAGUUUUGGUGCAGCCGCGUGGAAUGGAGCCCCGGGGAGGAGAAGUACCACCUGCGGGGGGUCAUGCCCCCCGACGAGUACCAUGCCGGAGUCAACAACUCCGUGUACACCAACGUCCUGGCCCAGAACAGCCUGCGCUUUGCUGCUGCCCUGGCCUGGGACCUCGGGCUACCCGUCCCCAACCGGUGGCUGGAGGUGGCUGACAAGAUCAAGGUGCCCUUUGACCUGGAGCGGAACUUCCACCCUGAGUUUGAUGGGUACGAGCCCGGAGAGCAGGUGAAGCAGGCGGACGUCGUGCUCCUGGGGUACCCGGUCCCCUUCCCCCUGAGUCCCAACGUGCGCAGGAGAAACCUGGAGGUCUACGAGGCCGUGACGUCCCCCCAGGGCCCCGCUAUGACCUGGAGCAUGUUUGCGGUGGGCUGGAUGGAGCUGAAGGAGCCUGCGCGGGCCCGGGACCUUCUGGACAGGAGCUUCGCAAACGCGGCUGAACCCUUCAAGGUGUGGACGGAGAAUGCCGACGGGUCGGGUGCCGUGAACUUCCUGACGGGCAUGGGGGGCUUCCUGCAGGCCGUGCUGUUCGGGUGCACGGGGUUCAGGGUCACCAGGGCCGGUGUGACCUUUGACCCCAUGUGCCUGGCAGGGGUCCCCAGAGUGUGGGUCUCUGGCGUCUCCUACCAGGGGAACAAGCUCAACUUCUCCUUCUCCGAGGACUCGGUGACGGUCGAGAUGACGGCCCAGGCAGGGCCCCGGGGAGCCCCGCUGGAGGCCGAGCUUUGGCCGUCACGGGCUCGGCUCCCUCUGCGGCCAGGGAACAAGAUCUCCUUUGCCCGCUCUGCUGGCCGGAUACAGAGGUCAGCCCUGCAGCUGCCCGCAAGUCCCGGCUCUGGGAGUACGAGACACCUGCCGCAGAGCCCACAGGACCCUCCGGUUCACCCUCGGUCCCUCCAGCCCUGCCGAGUGCCUCACCCAGAGCCCUGCCCCUGAGCAGCCAGGGCUGCUGACUCCAGAGUGGUCUCCUGGGGCCUCCCUCAGUCCACCCCUUCCACGCCCACCGCUCCUCGACACCCUCCUGGCCUGCCGCCCCCACCCACCCUCCACCUGCAGACAGGCUCACGGGAAAGGCCACGUUGCUUGGCCUGAAGUUCAAGGCCAUCUGCCUCCAGCCUGAGUGCCCCCAACCUCCUGGGCAGGGGGCACGGGUCUGCCCCUGUGGACUGACAGGACCCCACCUCCUCUCAGCACCCCUCUCAUGGCCUCCCCAGGACGCCUUCCUGAGCUCCUGCUGAGCCUGUGCCUCACCUCUCGCCCCACACUCUCCUCUCCUGGGCACCACAGACCACAGGGCUGCAUGGGGAACGGCCAGCGGCUCGGCCGAGAAGGCAGAGAGGCAGACGCAGGCCUCCGUGGGGACACAGGGUGAAGGGCCUGCAGGAAGGGGCCUCGGUCACCUGCAAUAUUAUUUAGGACUCUCAGUUGCAGCUUUGCCAAAAAGGAACUUUCCAGGUCAUGCCAUUGAGGAGCAGGCAGGGCUGGUCCCCAAGCUCACAGGGAGGUCCAGGGAUUUCAUCUCCUGCAUGCUGGACUCCACCGCCUCUGGCAUGGAGAGGGUGGGGUGGCAGCCUUUGGGAAGGGACGUGGGGAGGUGGGGCCCAUCCCCAGGAAACGGGACAGGUGUUGGUGAGAGCAAGACCCCAAAUCUCUCCACUGACCAGCUGGGGGAGCCAGAGCCACCGUGCAUGGAUUCGAGGGCCUGGUCCUGGCCCUUUUGUCCUGCGUGGGCUCCCACAGCCGGAGGCUCUGCACAGCCUCUGCUCCUGGACCUCAGUCCCUGGGGAGGCAUCAGCGGUCUCCCAAAAGGAGAGUAGAGGCCGUCCACUGCGAAGUCCCGAUGGAACCGAGCCCCUGCGCCCGGUCAGCCUGAGGAAUUAAAGUUUGGU